GACUAAGCAGUUCGCGGUCGGCAAUUGCGCCAGCACUGAGCUGUCACUUUGACGCAGUGCUAGUUCAGUACCCCAUCGAAAAACGAAGUGUUCUGUGAAUUCCAAAGCAUAAGACACACAAAAAUACAUAAGAAAUCAAGAAAAUACGACAUAAGUGACGAGAGAAGAGCAAAAAUGAAAAGAUGGAAAAUAACGCAACAGCAGUUAGCUAAGAAAUUCUAAAGAAUUUCCACCACGAUCCGCAGUGAAUAUGAAAAUUUGUGAAUUAUAGAAAAUAGAGUUCUGGCCAGCGAGCAUUUAGAAGUGCCUAUAUAGGUAAUUCGGUGAAAACGAAGUCGACCAAAUAAGUAGCAGUAGCACACGAAGAAGAACAAGAGCAAAUAGAACAGGAGACCAAGUGAAGUGAAGUGAAACAAAGUAAACUGGUAAACAAAGCAGUGAUUGUAGCGAAACAAAAGCAACGGAGAAAUACAAAAGUGCGCAAAAGCAACAUAAAUAAAUAAAUAACACAGAAGAGUGUAAAACGGCAAAGCGCAAAACAUUUUAAGCUACACAAAUGAGCAUAUGUAAAUAAAAAUCACGAAAGAACAAUUAAAGUUACUACAAAAGGGUGAACAAUUUUAAUAAAAAAGCGCGAUAAUUAAAUUCUAAUAAGUAUACUGUACAAAUAAUUCAAAAAAUACAAAAAUAAAAAUAUAAUAUAGAAAAAUAAAAGUAUUCAAGAAAAAAAGUAAAUAUUGAGAAAGAACUUAACAAAAUUUAAACAAAUAUUUAAAAAAAUAAUAAAUUUCGGGUUUAUGUUAGUAAAACAUCAGUCAAUUCGGUUAUGUGUGAUUAAAAACAAAAAAGAAAACUAUAUAUUUACAUAAAAAAAUCAUAAACAAAUCUUAGAGUUAUCAGAAAAAUACCACAUUAAUACUUAGCAAUAUUAAAUACAAAAUUCAAAAUAUUUAUUUAUUGUAUAUUGCAGUUUGUGUUUUAUGAUAAUUGUUUCUAUAAGUGUUAAAGGGUUUAAGUUUUCAUCAAAAAAUCAGCGCGAAAGUGAGUUUAAAGAGAUAUCGAAAUUAAUUUAUUUUAUUUAAUUAUAAAAAGCAGGUUUGACAACAAAAGCGCAGACAUCAUCACCGACCAAUGCGCAUGAGAAUUCAAGUGAAAAAUGUCUUUGCGGUUGCUGCGUAUGAAAUGAUUAAAGCAAACACUUAUAUUAAGCAAAAAAUACUUGGAAGAUUAUGAAUAAACGAUUUAAAACUAAACAACAAAUUACCGCUGAGUACAACAAUUGCUAUUAUAAGCUAUUAUAAGUGAAGAAUCACAAAUAAAAUCAAACAACUACUUAUAAACACACAUACCAACAAAUAACCGUAUACAACAAACAAGUGAACACGUCACCGUGAAGCGCAAAAAAAUACAACAACUUGUGAAUAACAAGAAUAGCGCAGCAGCAGCAUAAAUAGUAACAACUAAAACAAUAAUAAUAAUCAACAAGCAGUUCGAAUAAAUAAUAUAAAAAAAAUAGAAUACCAAAAAAAAAUAGCAGAAAACAAUCUUGUUUUAUCAGACGCUAUAUACCGCACCGCGCCUCCCGAGCGUCCUCAAACCGCGUGCCGCGCUAAACGCUAAAUACCGCAUUGAAAAACACCAGUAUCUAACAGCGCGCACACACACACACGUGCAUACAAAUCGCAAUAGCUAACACCAACACCAGCCCUAGAGCACAGCGCGCUUCAGCGCAUCGAUUAUCAACGCUGCGACACCUCGCGCCGCGCCGCGCUUCGUGUGGUUGUCACCCAUUCGGCGUCGUAUCGUGUUGUCGCUUAACAUUUGAUUCCUAUAUUUAAUAAAAACAUUAUUGCUUGCGCCUAGGUUUGUUUUAUUUCUUAACUGUGUACGUGUGUUUUCACACACACACUCGCCGCAUUUUUUGCACGUUUUGCCUUUUGAUGCCGUUCGUGUCGCCAAGCGUUUGUGUGGAAAAAAGCGCGCGCGCCAAUUUGUAAAAACACUUUUUGAAAAUAAAAGACGGUAAAGAAGAAGAGCACACAACGGAAUUUCAAUAUUUACUACCAGCAUAAAACACACUUAUCGUAGCAGCAGUUGUCAUCGCUGUAAACGUAACACUUCUAAGAAUAUUUAUAUUUAAAGUGUACCAGUGCUUUUGAAGUCGAAGGCUUCCAUUACAACAGCGCAGACAAAUAGACGCAAUCCAGUAGAGGGACGCGGCACACGACAAACGCACGCGUUUGUCCCAUAGCGGUAACGACAACAACAAAAACAGCAGCAGCAGAAACAAUAUUCACCGAGCUAACACAGACAGAAGAGCCAACGACGACGACAAAUCAGCAGCGAGCGAAGAACUGAAAUCAUGGCAAAUCCGCGCAAAUUUAGUGAGAAAAUCGCAUUACAGAUACAGCGCCAGAAAGAAGGCACCGCUGAGUUCGAGCGUAUUAUGAAAGAGGUUUACGCAACUAAAAUGGAUGAGACUCAAGCGAAUGAGAAGAUAUUGGAAUGCUGUCUGGUGAACACUGACAUCGGCAGCAAUCACGCCACAAAUGCCAGUUUGGUAAGCGGCGCUGGUAUAGGAGGAGGCGGUAGUGGCGGCGGAGGUGGAGGAGGCGGUGUGGUUAACACUGCGGAUGGCGGUGGUGCCGGCAAUAGUGCCGGCGCAGCAAAUACCACCAACAGUGGCAGCGGUGGCACCUCCCCCGACGGCACACAUAAUAAUAAUUCUCGUGAGUCACGUGGUCGCAGCGUUGGAGUCGGACCGAUGCGACGUCCCUCCGAGCGCAAACAAGAUCGUUCACCAUAUGGCAGCAGCGCUGCCGUCGCAACCGGCAUGAAUGCGGGCAUGACCAACAACGCAUAUCUUAGUCCGCCGAUGGAUAGCAGUUGGCGUCGUUCCAACUCUGACUCGGCACUUCAUCAGACGCUGAAUAUGGCAGUAGCGGCAGAGGGUGGUUUCGGGACGAGCGGUGCCAUGAGCGGUAUGGGGGAUAUGAAUGCGCUGCACGCCAAUUACCAGCAUCACAAUCAACGAUCUCAUUCGCCAAAUAUUGGUCGCAGCUUUAGUCCACAAGCACAAAGACGAAAAGGUCAGAUGCUACAUCAUCAGCAACAGCAGCAGCAACAACAGAUCCUACACCAUAGUCAGCAGCAUCUGCACUUGCAACAGCAACAUCAACAGCUACAGCAACACUUUCAGCAGCAUCAGCAACAACAGCAUAUGCAUCAACAACAAGCACAACAACAGCAUGUCCAGCAGCAUCAUGCGCAACAGCCAGCGAGUAGCAUUAGCCAACAGCAACAUCAGCAACAAUUCAAUGCCAAAUACACCAACUGCAAUAUGCCAAUAAAUAGUCUAUUCAAAUCGCUGCAAGAGCAAACACUGGCGCUAGCCAAUACCGGUUCGUUGCCGGACCUAACGUCAUUGCAUUACUCGCCCGCACAGCAACAACUAAUGCACCAGCAGCAGCAGCAACAGCAAACGCUUUCACCCAUCUUGUCACCGCACAACAAUGGUCGCGAGCGCGAUCAGUCUUCAAGUCCCUUUAGUCCGGCUGGAGGUAAUGGCAAUGGCGUCGGUGGUGGUCCACCGUCGCCAUAUCAGCAGCAGCAGCACUCGCCUACGUCAGCCGCUAACACACCCACAGCAGCACAAACAUCGCCGCAUUUAUCAUUCACAAAUCUCGCCGUUCAGUCGCCGACCGGCAACGGCUCCAAUACACAAAACACCGCACAAACCGGUACAUUCACCAACCUGCCUACCCUGGGCGCCGCCAGUUCGACGGGAAAUCUCACCGAAUAUCGGCAGCCAUUAAAUCCACCCAGUCCGGGCUCCUCACCCGGCUUACUAACGUCCGCCUCAGGCAAUGAUGUGGUACAUAUUAGCGCGCCAGCCAGUCCAAUUCGACAUCCGCAGGCCGGCAUGAUCGGAUCCAGUAUGCAGGCCUACAAUGAGAAGAAUAUGCAGGCCUUCGAUCGUUACUCACCUGCAUUAGCUGGAGCUGCGCCAGAAAACGCUGGCUUCAACAGCCUUAACUCGUCGUUCCAUAAUCACUUUGAGCAAUUCACGCUAGGUGACAGCAAUUCCUCACCCGAGCAGCAACAGCAGUUGCAGCAACACUUUCAGCAGCAACGCCAACAACAACAGCAACAGAAUAACUUUACUUCAUUAGAUUUCGAUGUCUUCGUCAGUGGUGGCAACGACUCGCCUUAUUCGCAGUCCCUAACACAAAGCAAACAAUUGGACUUUAGUGAUCUGACGGGUGAGUCCAGCUCUGCGGCGACGACGACGACGCAAAGUAGUAGAGGUGGCACGUGUAACACUAACAACGGCGGUAACACCAGCAAUAACAACAACACACACCAAGGGACACGCAUACUCCCACAUCAAAUGCUGAACAAUAAUGGUGGCGGUGCUGGCAACACCGCAAACAGUAACGCCACAACAAACGGUCCCUGUCGCAUCAGCAACAACAAUGUGAAUCUGACGCAAGCGAAUGAAGUAAACUCUUCACCCAUACCCUCACCGUUGGGCUGCCUUCCGUCACCGUCUUCACCAUUACCGAUUCCUAUAAAUGCGCAAUCACCGCAUCAUCAGCAGCAACAAUUAUCGUUAUCGCUGCACUCGCAUUCAACACAACCAUCACCGCAUCAUUCGCCCCUGCAUUCGCCGCACCACGCCUCCCCACUGUCAUCUUCCUCGCCUGGCAUUACUACGCUGACGGGUGUUACUACGCCACAUGUUGGUGGCAACGGCACAAAUAAUGCGUCCACGCAUCACAACCAACUUCAGCAGACGACGCAACAUCACCACCAAGCACAACAGCAGCAACAUCAUCAACACCACCACCAUCAACAGCACCAUCAUCACCAUCAACAGAAUCACGCUAAUACGCCGACCAACACAAAUAUACCGGCGAUCAUCUUCUCCGACUAUUCGUCGCGUGAGAUCUUCGACUCGCUCGAUCUGGAUUUGAGUCAAAUGGACGAGACUGCGCUAGAUCUGCUAGCGGAUCAGAAUUCGAUCAUGAUUGCCGAUCCAACCAUCGAGGAUAGUUUUCGCAAAGACCUUAACUGAUACUAUGAGGAAGCUGUUGCAGCUAUUGAGAGUGGCGUACUGCUCGACGACACCUUCGAUCCGCUGGGGCCCAUAGUCGACGUCACUGAGGUACUGGGCAAUCCGCUGGCGGAUACAACAAAGUGCAAAACAGAGGACGACACAACUGACACAGCCACAAAUACAACAUCUACUACGACAGCAACGACAACAGCGACCACCGACGAGGACGCAAGCAACACUCUACCCAUCCCCAUCAACAUCAGCGGCCAAGCAAAUAUCGAAGACGACCUGAACAAUGUCGACGACAACAUAAGUAUCGGUCUCGGUAUCGGCAUUGGCUUGGGCAUCGACACCGGCAGCGAUGAUAACAAUGGUGAUGUGGAGGAUUUCUUCUUCUAAAGUACGUUGGUUUGAGCGACGGUGGGGCAGCACGAGGUGGGCAGGGACGCAGAGUAACACAACUCUUUUCAGCGUCGUUCAAAUGAAAUGACGCCGUCAGCGAUUGGCUGGAAUGACGCACACAGUUAAACACAAAACACGCUCAAGCCUACAUACAAGCAGCCAUACAUAAGAAUAUGUAGCCAGCAGUAUGUUUGUAUGAGUUGGAUCUGAAGUACACGCGCAAGCAACAGUGGUAGCAACAGCUUUUAAAUCUCUAAGCAGUAGUUAGGACUCUUAAAUGAAAUAUACAAACGUAAAUACCUAAAAAAGAAAUAUAUAUAUAUAUAUACAUACAUACAAAGAAAUGUUUACAUACAUAUGUAAAGUAACAGUUAUAUUGGUUGCGGAGUAUUUCUUGAAGACAAAGCAAGUGCAAAUUGAGUUGUAGACAAAAUUGAGUUACAUAAUUCUAUUUGUUUAGCUGGGGUGGGUGAUGUUUGAAGUUGAAAGUUAAGAAGUUGCUUAGAAAUAGCGGAGACGGUCUAUUUUUGAUUGCGUGUUACAUUUUUAUCGCUUCUGUUGAGCUUUUUUAUGUUCACUUAACGGUUUUAUUAAAUUAUUAUUUUCUUAUUCCUCUUUAAUAUCUGCAGUAUGAAGAUAGAAACAGUUGGUCUUUUGGUGUUUUCGACACAAAAGUGUUUUCCCCUCUGUUUCUUCGCUUAAAAGAGCUCAAACCGAAUUCAGCAAAUGCCGUGAGGUCGCUGUUGACAUGUGACUGUUUGGGACUUAAUUAAAAUUAUCUGCUGAAUCGUUGAAAUCAUCCCAGAACACUGAAGUGCACCGCAGUCAAAAUCAUAGUUCAACCUUCAUUCUACAGUAAUUAGGGGUCUGCAGCAACAUUUCCUGAUAUAAUUUUUAAAGAUUACGGAAAAGUUCUUAAUUUUAAUUGCCACUCAAAUCCGACUUACAUAAAAGUUCGACAUAUAUAUCCGCGGCAUUGUUUUUGUUUUCACUUCUUCCAAAACUUUCACAACUGCCAUUUAAGUUUUCAAAGCUAACAGCUGUUAUAAUUUUCAAACUAAAUUAAUUGUUUCGAAUUCUCUUAAGCGUUGAUGCCUGUCUUAUGAUAUGUCAGAAAUAUCAGCCGUCAACUUAAAGCUUUUACUAACUAAUGCACUCGAAGUUUAGAUGAUAGAAAGUAAAAUAAGUGAAGCUGUAAUCAUAUUCUGGAAUUCGAAUAAAAUUCAAAUCUAAAGAAGGGUUCUCGCAUAGAAACAAACAGGAGCACAUUUGUUUUACUUUAUAUCUCGAGAUUUCGCGGCAAUAUCCACCAUGGAGAAAAAAUUUCUUAGAUCAGUUAAUUCUCACUUAACAAUUUGGAACGCGUAUUGAGUCUGAAUGUUUUAAUAAAUUAGUCCAAGUCUUAAACACAGAAAAACUGCGGGACAGUUUUGCAUCAGUGCAACAGUAAAACACAAGAAAGCUCAGAACAUCACAGGCAAAAUUUCAACGAGAGAACAUAGAAAGCGUUAGUUAUUAAUCUAUAGAGCCGACUAUCUAAAAUCUCUCUAAAGGGCCUUAAGAUAAAGUGACCAAUUUACGCUCAACACCAACAAAACCGCUUUGCCACAAUUAAAAUUAUUUUUGUUGUUUUGCUGUAAGUAAACGUCAAUCAAAGCGGAAAUUGUCCAGCACACACGCGUCCUUGAGCGCCCACCAAGCAGCCGCACACAACCACAAAUACAAAUUUACAUUAAUUAACUGUACUUACAUGGCUAGUAUAGUAGUUUUAUGUAUAUGUGUAUGCGUGUGCUUAUGCUGCAGAAUGUUGCAAAUGCUUUCAAGCACAACAAUUGGCUGUCAUACGUGCGCGCCAUGACAGCUGACAGCAGGCGACUGGCAAGAAAGGAAGCGUAGGCACAUGAAAGAAACCGGAAACUCAAUUAGUCGUGCAACUCAAUUCGACCGCUCACUCAUCCGGAUGCUCCUGACAAGCUCCCUUAAGUGUAGUUUAUGUAAUAAAUAAUAUUUUAUUCUGUGCCGAUUUACGUUUCCAUUUUACUUUUACGACUGCAGGCGCCAUGCGACACACAUUUGAAGAGAUGCUUCUGGUGUUUACUUCCUUUCACUCACACAUACAUGCAUAUAUACAAUAUGAUAAAUGAUGUACACUUACGAUUACUAAUAAUUGUCGUUGCAACAUUAAUCUUCAAAAUUUUAUUUCAUGUUCGUUUGCAGUUUCUUUUUCUACUUUAUAUUUGAUCGUUUUCGUCAUGUGAAAGCAAUGCAAACGUAGUGCGUAAACGUGUAGAAAUAUGUGGAGUUAGUAACCGGCUAUUUUUUUACUAGAAAUUCACUUAAAGUGUCAAAGUGUAAAUAUUUUCGAAUAUGCAACAACAAAAAGAAUUAAUGGCAAAAGAAUUUAACUACAUAUUGCACAAUAUUUUUGAAUGAAUCGAAGCUUACAAGUGAAAUUGCUAAUUAGCGGUAAAUUAUGGCAUGUAUAUGGAGUGAAUGUAUAAAAUUAUAUUAACUGGAGUAUAGUAUAGUAUACAGUAAGUGCAAUGCGGAAAAUUCAAAAGAAAAUAUUAAUAAAUCUAACCUCAAAAGCGGUUAAAAUAAUAUGACAGGCAACAACAAUUCAUAUGCAGCAUACCCAAGUAUCUACAACUGUAUAUAUACAUAAAUAUAUAUAGAGUAAAGAUCAGAUCAAAAGUUACAAUAUUUACAAACUAUUACAUAAUUACAAAUCAAUUUAAAACUCUCGCCGUUUAGCAAAUUAACCCAAAAAAAAUCCAGCACUUACAACAACAAUAAUCAUUAGUAAAAAUGUAAACAUACACCCUAUGCUACACACACACAUAUAUAUAUAUAAAUAUAUAUAUUUCAAAUCAGUGCACAUUUCUAAUUGCAUAAUUAUAAUAAUUGAAGUCAUUUAAUUAAAGCAUAUUUAUUGUGCCUAUCUACUACUAUGCUCCCCUCCGCGCUCAAUUAUACACAUUCAAACUAAAAAUACAAGAACAAAAAUUAAUUACAAACAAGUAAUAGGAAAUAACUGUGACUUGGUAGCGCCAAAGCUUUUCGUUUUAAUUAUACUUAAUUAAGAAGAAGAAAAAAUAUUAAAAAUUAUAAUAAAAUAGAAAUCACGGAGAUUAUAAUAUUUAAAGCAAAAGAUGUUAAACUUCGUACCCAUAUCGCGCAAAUACACACACACUUACAUAUAUGUAUGCACACACACAUACAUAUGGAAACCUUUGUUAAGCAUAUAUAGUCUAACAUGCCGUUGCAAACAAUGAAAUAAUUACUUUUUGCAAUAAUUGUUCGUAUUCUACAAAUGUCAUAUACAAUACAUUGCACUCGUAAGUGUUAAGUCAGUAAAUUUCUUAAGUCACACACACACAUGUACAGCGUGAAUUCACACAAAUAACUUUGAAGUGAAGUAUUUUUGUUGUAAUUUUCGAAUUUUGUUCGUUUAUUCUUCUAUAAACUAGUUAAUUACUUAAUACAGUUCAAAGUGUAAAUGUUUAAACGCUAAUUUUUAGAAAAUGUAAUUUUUAAGCAUAUUUAACUACAUUACUAAAGUUUGAACAACAUUUGAUAGCACGAAAAUUUUUUCAUCUUUUUUUAAAACAACAUUUGUUUGCAAGAAAGAAAUUAAGAUUUUAUUGUUAAAUUUAAAUUUUUUAAGUUGAGCGAUAUAUAACAAUGUGCAGAAAUUUAAAUUUUUUUUUGUAAAAUUUCAUUUUUUUUAAAUUGCUAUUUUUUUCUCGAAAAUAAAUCUUUAGGCUCACAUUUUAGUGCAACUCCAACUUUGUUUUGUUUUUUCGAAAUUCGUAAUACUUUGAAACUCGUUGCCAUUCUGUCAUAAAUUAGUGUCCCAGCGCAUCCAAAACUGUCAUAAGAUUCGCAAUUUCUAAAGCGUUUUCACCAAAAACUUUUCUAAAGUAUUUUUUUUAUUUAAAAAUGUGUAUUUUCUACUUAACUACAACUUUCAAAUGUAAAUCAAAAAAUAUUUGUUGAGUGUUCUAGUCGUAUGUAAAUAUAAAAAAGUUUUAAAAAUGUCUCUUCUAUGUAUUUAAGCUAGUCCUAAAACCAAGUGAGUUUUACAAACUUUUGUGGGAUUUUUCGGUCGAAAUUCAUUUAUUAUGGCCCACUGUGCCUUUAAAUUUUUAUGUGAAACUAUUUUUUUAAUUCAUUUCUAUUAUUUUAUAUAUAUUUACUGCUGGCAUAAGUUGUUCAAACCUUAGCUUGCACCCUUUUUCUCUAAGUAUAAUGUAAGAACAAAAUAAAAAAAACAAAUCAAAAAAAAUUCUUCAAAUUUAAGAAAGCCUGAAGUUAAUUUAUGUCUAAUUAAUAUAUACAUAUACACAUUAUUAUAAUUAUAUAAAAAAUUAUAAGCGACUUUUAAAUUUUUUUAUUAAUUAUACAAACGAAGCAAGAAAAAACGAGUUGAGACCCCAAAUCAAUUGAUGUACCUAGCAUUAAAUUAAAUUUUUAAUCUUAAAAAGUAUAGUAAUAUAAAUUUUGACUCACAAAAAUCAAAUAUGUUUAAUGUAAAAAAAACUAGUUAUAUGAGUGUAAAUGUUAAAUGGAAACUGAUCUGUUAAAUGAAUAAA